CUCAGACAGUGUUUACUCAUUGUUGCAGCGCCCUCUUUGUCACGUGCUAGAAACUCCUCAACUCUGUGAAGCAGCAAAGUACCUCGAAUCGACCCGCAAUAAUGUUCAGCAGGCAAGUGAAGUGAGAAUAAUAUCUGCGGUGUCUUGGACUAGAGAGGCAAUUCGACCGACAAAAGAAUCCGAGCGGACAUUCAGCGGCAGGAUCGCGAAGGAUUAGUGCCAAGACCAUGCGAGAUACGGAGCUCUGAUCAUGGCUACUGAAAACGAGAGUCAUUGUUUGACAUCCACGCACAACGCGCAGCAGGAUCUAGCGUUAAGCAAGGGGCGCCAGGAUGGUCCUCCCAGCCCAAGCCACGAACCCGAACCCACGAUCACUGGGAGCAAUCGAGAUAAGAUCACAGAACCCCAAUCCUUCUCUUUCUCAACAUCUCCUUUUCGCUUGCUGGUGGACUGGUGGAGGAAGGCGCAUGCCAGCACACCAACGCCCACAAGCCUAGGUCAGUGUGCCGCAGACCGACUCAACGUGAGACACACGUAUGUGCAGACAUCAGCCCACACUGAUACAUCGAAAGCGUGUGAUGGCUUGCAGGCGUCUUUCCACGUGCGAUGCGUGUGCCAAAACGGCCCUGUUGCUUGUGCAGGUGAGUCGAAAGUAGCCACGCUGGGUUUCGCAUCCAAUAGCCGGGGCGUGGCUUGUGGAGAACGUUGCAGCUGUCUCAAAUGAGGCGAUGCCACACUGUGAUCGAUUGGUACUCCACAGAUGGUAGUUCGGACUCGAA